CGGGCCUGCGCGGGGGGGGGGGGGGGUCCGGCCGCGGUGGGGGUGCUGCAGAGACGGGCCUGGUCGGCGGGCACGGGCCGGGGGGUCGCGGUGGGGCUGAACCGGGGACCCCGGAGUGUGGCCAGAGGGUCCCGGCGGGUCUGGCUGCGGUCCGGGGGGGCGGCCCGAGCAGAGGGGGAGGCGGGCGGCUGGCAGCGGCCUCGCUGUGACCCGGGAACGCGGCGGCGCAGGCCCUACAGUGCCGGUCCCCGCAGGUGAUGGCGGCGUCCGAGCCCCCCAACUUCUCGUGGGUGGCGGAGGGGCGGCUGGCGGGCCUGGCCAUGCCGCGGGAGCCGGGCCACUACCGGUUCCUGCUGGGCCAGGGCGUGCGGCACCUGGUGUCGCUGUCGGAGCGGGCCCCCCCGCACCACGGGUGCUGCCCCGCCAUCCAGCUCCACCGGCUCCGCGUGCCCGACUUCAGCCCCCCGACCCCUGCGCAGAUCCAGGGCUUCCUGCAGCUGGUGGAGGAGGCCAACGCCCGUGGCGAGGCUGUGGCGGUGCACUGCAUGCUAGGGCACGGCCGCACGGGCACCAUGCUGGCCUGCUACCUGGCGAAGGCGCGGAGGAUGGAUGGCGGCGACGCCAUCCGGGAGAUCCGGCAGCUGCGGCCCGGAUCCAUUGAGACGUGGGAGCAGGAGCAAGCUGUGAUCCAGUUCUGCCGGAGUGUUCGGUAG